AUGUACUCGGAAGAUUCGGAACCGGCGCCGAAGAAAGCUCGGAGCAGAAUCUCGGAGUUCUUGCAGCCCCAAGAUAGCUCAGACAUGGAAGAGGCUGAUCCAGCGUUGAUCGACUUCCAUGAACCUGCUACCAGCCGCCCGUCUUUCGGUCCUCCGCCUAACCGGUCCUCUUUAUCCGUACCCAGCCUGCAGAACAUCCAAGAACACGACGACCUGAUCAACAUGAGUUUUGAGGAAAAUCCUGCUCGAAAGCCGGCAUUGAACUUCCCUCGAGCCGGUACUCCCCAGACUAUCUUCGAUCCGUGCCCUUCCGCGGUUAUCUUCGGCAUCUCCAUCCCGCCGCCUAUCCGGCUCCCUCUCAGGCUCUCCAAAAAAUCUCCGCCUGUCCUUCGCGUCCCCCCGCCGCUUAGUGUUUCCAGCCGGUACGUCCAACCAGGCAAACCAGAACAGCUCAUCUCGCAGCUUACAUCAAAAGACAGAACUCUUGGACUACACAACCAAGGAACACAAGGGCGAGAUCUCGCAGAAUGCGCAAAAGUACAAAAAAACUUGGUCGAGAUGAGUGCUAAACAAGACUGCCAUCUCUUUGACAUCGAGAUGUAUCUCCACCUCGACCCAUUCAACCCCGAGCAACCCUAUUGCAACGUGCGGAAGGUUGAGCUUUGGUGGGCUGGGCCAUUGGUGCCAAUAGCAGAGCAGGACGAGCCGCUCAUUUGGCAGGUCAAGCAGUUCUUCUUUGGCCAUCUGAAGGCCCACUUCAACAGCAAAAAAGUCCAGGGAAGAGUCAGAGAGCUCGUCCAGCAAAUCUCGUCGAUGUGGUACCACGCCCACCAACUGAUCUGGGAGAUCACCAACGCCCAGACCCGGUUCAGUGUUGCCGUCGACAUGCUUGAGCCGUUGCCAGCCAAACACAGGGCCCUUGUCUCCGCCGCGCCCACCCCGGGAAGCCUGACCAUGGACUUCCGCUUCUCCAUCCGCUGA